GAAUUAUCAUUUAUCAGGCUGCUAUAACUUCACAAAUCGCAAUUCAUGAACGAAAUACUUGCAUAAAACUGGAUAUUAAAAAAAUCACAUAAAACUUAUUACGGUCAAACGUCAAACGUACAACAAUUUUAUUUUUAUGAUGAUAUGAAAAUAUUCAUUUUAUUGCAAAUGUCGGUAAGGUACGGUGCUUUGGACACGACUUAUAUAUACGACGACGACUCGGAUGAUUACGAAUUUGAGGAGGAAUUAUAUCAACAUGCCAGAACGGUGGAAGAUUCUCAAAAGGUUCACGAGAAGACAUGGUGGGACGUGGCAUUAGAGAGCUUUCUUGUGAUAUACCUUCUUAUUACCGCUGCAAAUAAUGGAAUGAUUAUGGGAUACUCUGCCGUAUUGUUACCACAACUAAAAGCUGUUAAUGGAAGCCUACAAAUCGAUGACGAAAUGGGUUCUUGGAUGGCAAGCAUCAACUCGGCUUCAAUUCCAAUAGGGGCACUUUUCAGCGGAAUUUUAAUGAACUAUUUCGGCCGUAAAGGAGCGUUGCUGAUUUACGUUGGUACAGUUACUGUCGGGUGGGUUUUUAUAUUGAUCGCGGAGAGCCACACGCUCGUUCUGAUUGGUAGAUUUUUUGGCGGAAUUGCUACGUCACUGGGCAUGGUUCCUGGGCAGGUGUACAUUGCGGAGAUUUCACACUCGAGUAAAAGAGGUUCAUACAGCAGUAUUUCUUUUAUCGGUUUAUCCUUUGGAAUCUUACUCAUUUAUUGUCUCGGUUCAGUUUUGCAGUGGCGAAUAGUUGCAGGUCUGAGCAUAAUCAUCCCAGUGGUAUCCGCCUUGAUGCUACUUUACCUACCUGAAAGUCCAGUGUGGUACAUAAGAAACGGUAACCUUGACAAGGCCAGAAAUGCCUGCUUUUGGUUUCGAAGGAAUAUCAGAGAAGCACUCGAAGAAGUUGAUGAGCUCGUCAAGAGAGUCGCCAAUGAAAACAGGGAAAGAGAAGAAAAUCCACGAUCGACACUAGCUAUGUUUUUAAGUCCACAAGUACUAAAACCACUUAUCAUUAUGAACGUAUUGAUUAUGUUUCAAUCGUUAAGUGGUGUUUACUUAUUUGUGUUUUAUGCUGUGGAAAUUAUUUCCGAAAUUGGAAAUAUUGAAAUGAAUCAUUUCUUAGUGGGUGUUAUAACAGCAGCAGUUCGAGUGGCAUUUACAAUAGUGGCCACAAUCUCACUGGCAUUUAUUGGACGUAGACCGAUAGCUAUUACUUCGGCGCUAGGUGCUGGAAUAUCCGCAAUGAGUUUAGGUACAAUAUUGUACUUUUCGCCCAACCCCAACAGUUAUCUGUUAGCGGGCACUCUGCUCUCUUACAUAAGUAGUAGCACGGUAGGAUUGUUAAUACUUCCCGGCAUGAUGUUGGGCGAAAUUUUUCCUGCUAAGGUGAGAGCUCUAUCUGGUAGCAUCUCAUUCAGCAUGUUUAGUGUCUUUACUUUUAUUAUUACAAAGAUGUAUCCCAUACUAAAACAAACUUUUAAGUUUUAUGGUAUGUUUUGGUUUUUCGGUACCAUAUCUUUUCUGGCCGCUGUGUACGUCUACAUAGCCUUGCCAGAAACAAAAGGUAAAACUCUAAAUGACAUUGAGGAUUAUUUCCUAGGCAAUAAUUUCUUAUGGGUAACCAGGAAAACUUCAGGAACUAAUCAAGAACAAACAUAAAUACUUUAUGAACUGUCUAAAUCUCAAUAUGCAAUUCUGUCAAUGUAGUGUACAUGUAUUUCUUGCUGUGCGUUUACGAUUACAAGGGAAAACAAAAUUUAAA